AUGAGUUCCGGCGAUGAGUUCCAACAAUUGGUGGAUAGGGAGUUCGAUGAACUCGUUCAGGAGGUGCAACGGGAAGCAGAAGAGGAGGAGGAGGCGGCGGCGGCGUUCGUUCGCCCGUUCUAUCAUCGGCGGACCAUCUGGCGUGACCAUGUCGGGGCACACCAUCGGUUGGUAGAAGACUACUUUGGCGAUAACCCCCGUUACCCAGCAGAGAUUUUCCGUCGCCGCUUCAGAAUGUCGCAACGGCUAUUCAUCCAUAUAGCGAAUACAUUGGCGCAGCGGUACAGGUGCUUCACAUUGCGCAAUGAUGCUACCGGCCGACCCGGGUUGUCGACAUAUCAGAAGUGUACCGCUGCAAUUAGGCAGCUUGCCUAUGCCGGACCCGCUGAUAUGUUCGACGAAUACCUACAGUUGGGUGAAACAACUGCUCUGACGGCGCUGAGGCAGUUUUGUAAUUGUAUCCAGACCAUCUUCGGCCCGGAGUAUCUACGGAAGCCAAAUGCCGAUGAGUGCCAGAGAUUGAUAGAUAUGCACGGGCGAGUGCAUAAUUUUCCGAGGAUGAUGGGCAGCAUCGAUUGCAUGCACUGGGAGUGGAGGAACUGCCCGGUUGCUUGGAAGGGGCAGUUCACAUCUGGAUUCAAAGGAAGACACCCAACAAUGAUACUGGAAGCUGUUGCUGACUACCGACUGCGAAUCUAG